CUAGUGGAUGGUUCGAGUAUCGCGGCUAGGAAAAGUGUAGCGGAUCACGAGGACAUGACGCGGAUAGUGUUCCCUUGUUCUUGACUCGGCUACCUUAGACACACUCACUAUUUGGCGAGUCGUGGUCAGCUGUGGUAUCUCUCGUCGGAAGACAAUCGAAGCAUAACGCUACGUACAGCGAAAGUGCUGCAAUAAUUGUUUCCCGGCGGACAACUCGAUUCUUGAGCUCGGCAGAUCGUUGGUGUGGAGAGCGCUUCGGACGGAUACACUUCUGCGCACGGUUCGCCGCUGUUGACUUCCUCGAUUCCGUGCGCAAUGGAGUCCAACACUCAAACAAUUCACCGAACUCGGAAGAAAUCAGAAAUCGCCGAGCCUCGGUCCCAAGAAGCUAGCGGAGAAUGCAGCAACUUCCUCGCCGAAUGUCAGAUCGGGGUGAAUGACAUGAGAUUGUUGAAAGAUAUGCUCAAGAACGACUUGAAGUAUCUGAAGAACAGACUCCUAAGAUCGCCCUCGGAAUCCGAUAUCUGCGGAGUGGACGAUCAGACGAAACCUCUCGUGUGUAGCAUUGACGAAGCGCCGAGUUUCCAAACGAGCAACAAGUACAUAACCAAUGGUUACCGUACAUCCAAGUCCAAGGAAAGGUGCAUCAAAGGCAUCCUGCAGUGGACGAACGAGACGGUCAACAUAUGGACACAUCUGGGACCCUUGAUCGUUCUGAUAUUUCGCUAUAGCGAAGAUGUUCUGCUCAAUUACGAUGCGGCAAAAUUCGAGCCUUUCGACAGAAAGCUCAGCAGCUUCAUGCUGUUGUGCUAUUCCAUGAUGUUGGGCCUCUCUUCGGUCUACCACAUUUUCAAUUGCUGCUGUUGCAAGUGUUUUAGAUACUGGUACGGAUGGGAUUUCGUCGGAGUCAGUUUAUCUAUCUACGCUUACGGGACAGGAUUCCUGUUCCUCCAGUUCCGAGGGUCUCCAUUCUGGAUAAUUUUCUAUGGCACCAUCAAAACUAUAAUCGCUGGCGUGCCCAUCGGCAUGGUGUUCUCAACAAAAUAUUUCGACAAGAAAUACGACGACUCUCGAUCUGUGUGGAUUGGGGGCUUCGUUUUGUUCAACAUAAUCCCCACAGUCCACUCGAUUCUAUUGAGGGGUGGUUUGGAGGAUCCGGUAGUGAAGGCGACUCUGCCACCUCAUCUGGUAGUAAUGUUCCUGCUGGUUGGAAGCUUCGUCAUCUACGCUAACCAAUUUCCGGAAAGAUACGUCCCUGGGAGGGUCGAUUACGUCGGGAACAGUCAUCAGAUAUGGCACGUCGGCACCGCGACAGCAGUAUUCUUCGCCCGUCAUCUCUACUUCCAGUAUAUACUGGCCUUCAAUGGGUUGACAUAAGACGACAUCCGGCAAAUCAUGCGCCUUAGAUAAACUCCAAAGAUUCACAGUCACUGAAGUUUCUCAUGGGCUCUGGAAGGGUCAGAGGGCUACAGUCUACAUAGAUAGAAAUGAUAGAAGACGAGUGAGCUGCCCGGUCCGGAAGACCACCGUGGGCCAUCGGGCGCCCAACAGCUCAAUGUUCGGAGGAAGAGAUUAUUAAAGAUGUU